AUGUUUGCGUAUUUCUUUCAAGCCUUCGUACGUUCACCAAUUCCUCCGGCCAAACUUCCGAUUUUCUUCGGAACCGACCAAAAUUUAAACAAGGAGUUUUUAUUCGGGUCCGUUUUUCUCUUCCUUUUCUAUCCUUCUAACACAGAGUCGCACGUUUUUUACAACAACGACACGGAAGUAGUGGUCACCUUCUGUGCCGACUCGGCUGUAUCUGCUUCCGAGAGACUCGUCUACUGCAUCUACCAGUUUCUUGUCAUGUUUGCCCUUCCGACAACUGUCAUGAGUUUCUGCUACUCUAAGGUUAUCUAUGUCCUUUGGAUAAGCACUAAGCAACUUGCUCAGAUGACGUUUACAGAAAGCGCGGACAGAGUCAUCCUGCAGUCGAGCAUUCCAUCUGGCCGCUUACCACCGCUAUGCGUCCGACGCCUGUUCGACAUCCGCGGCGACGACCACCACGCGCUCGCAGGAUGCAGCCUGCACGCGAUUCAACGCUCCUCCAUCGCUCAGGCUGUCCUCUGCGAGCGUGUGGUGGUCAUCGCCGCGGCCGUCGGACGCGCGUCAGACGUGUGGCGGUGGUAA